AUGUGCAACAGCUACCUUAGCCUGGUUACGCUCUGUUUGGUCUCGCUGACGUCGGUCGACCGCGUUUCGACAGUCAGUUCAGCCUUCCAGCAUUUGCCUCGGACUGCGAGACGGUCUGUACCUGACGACGACUCGUGGAUUUAUCGGUACGUGGAUGGCGGCCAUGCAAGGCUGGCGCGGAAUCGGGAGUCUGUGGAAGAUAAGGCACUGCGAGAGUCGAGUGUACCGAUCUUUCCGGAGUUUGGCGAUUAUGUCGGCAGCCGAGAGGAUGUGGAAGAAUUGACAAAAUUGAGACGAUUGUUCUACGAGCUGACGGCAAUGAGUAUGGACAAUCUACGUGAGUACGUGGCCUAUAUCUCUUCGUGUUGCUUGCGCGAGGUGAAUCGCUCGUAUGGAGGCGGACAUUUGUGGGGCCAAUGUUGCCGUAGAAUGCAACAGAUCACGUUCAUCCAACAUCUUAUAGCCGUUGGUUUGAUAAAGUCCACGUAA